AAGCCUCACGAGCAGUGUUUUGAACUUGCACUAGAAAGCUAGUCACGUGUCUAGCAUGUUUUGUGCUUAUAUAUCCCGUCUGUGGCGUGGUUCUCGUGUAAGGAAUUAAUUGACGUUACAAACUCACAAUGGCGAAAGCAGCAGAGCAGAAACAAAUUUCGACCGUUGUGAUUGAAGAAACGAAGCUUGACAUCCGCGACGUGGUCCACACAGCCACCACUUACGGCGAGGAUAACUACCACGGCGGUGGAAGACGCAAUGACAUGGCAAUGGUUGCCCUCAGAGCUAUGUGCAUGGCCGUAUCGGCAGUUGCUGUGACUUUAAUGGUGACAGCCCGCGAGACUAGCAUGACCUCUCUCUACGGUUUCGAGUUUCAGCUCCAUGCCGUUUGGUCUCUCUCAGAUUCUCUAAUAUAUCUAGUGGUGGUUUCAUCGGCGACGGUUCUUUACUCGUUGUUCCAACUGAUUACUAGUGGAACUAGACUGAUGAGAAAAUCUCCGGUGAUUCCGACAAGAACACAAGCAUGGUUUUGCUUCGUUGCGGAUCAGUUAUUGGGAUACGCGAUGGUGAGUGGAGGAUCUGCGGCUUUGGGAGUGACGAAUAUGAACAGAACAGGAAUAAGACACAUGCCUCUUCCAAAUUUCUGCAAAUCUCUCGGUUUCUUCUGUGACCACCUCGCCGUCUCCGUCGUCUUUGCCUUAUUCGCGUUUCUCCUCCUCGCCGCUUCUUCUGUUCUCGACGUUCUCUGUCUCUCACGCGAGAGUCACUAGACCCAAUUUUUACUGUUUUACCUUCUGUACUUCAAUGUUGUUUCAUCAUUACAAUAAUCAUCUGUGUUGAUUUUUGGAAUUGUUUGUUUGUUUCAAUCGAUGUCAGCUAAAAUCUUCGAAUUCCGAAGUUGUUUUGAAA